CAAACUGCUUUUUCUUAGAGGUGUGUCGUUGUUCGUAGAUUCUGACACCCCUCCGUUGACCCCGUUUGAACGUAGGAUAUUGGAUGUUAUAUAUGAUGGGGUUGUUGUUGUUGUUGUUUGUUGUUUUGUUUUUUUUUGUAUGUGAAAUGAAUGUUUUUCUUCACGGACGGCAAAAGUUAUGAAGCGUAAUUUUCGGGAACUUCUCAGACUCUGGUGAUACAGUUACACGCGUCACACGGUGAACUGUCUCUGAUACGCGAACUUGAACAAAGCGUUCGCGGACGACAAUACAAUAUUAUUUUUCUUAAAACGGCGACGUUUUGUACAGUUACUGUAUGACUUCACUGCGGUUUCCUGCCGACCGGUUUCAACCCCAAAGCGGGCUGCGCUACACAUUUAGCCCGAGGGCAAAACUGUAUUCUUACGUUAACGAUUGAAUGUUGCAGCAACGAGGCUCCGGUUUAAAUAACAGGGCGCUAGUUUGUUGUAUUUGUCAAGUGCGGUGUUUUAGGAGUGUUUUUACUCGGGGAAAGCGCUUCGCCAGCCUUUCGGAGCGCCGCAAACCAGCGCUGCAUCUACCACUAGAGGGCGCUGCCCCGACAGCGCUGAGGAGAACCUGCUUCCCAAAGGCCCUGAAACCAGGCGCUGCAAAGUCUCCAGGAGUCGCCAGCGUAAGAGAUUGAGAUCCAACUGUGCUGCUGCUGUUGCUAUUUUAUCCUGUGUGUGAUGUUGGAUAUGGGAGAACGGAAAGAAGUGAAAAUGAUUCCUAAAUCAUCGUUCAGUAUAAACAGCCUGGUGCCCGAAGCCGUUCAGAGUGACAACCACCACAGAUCGGCUCCCGAAGAAGAGGAGAAAAAUCCUUUGCCUGCCCAGGUGCAGGACACGAAAUCCGAGAGCGUGUGCCCCAGGAGUGAAAAUACUUCUGCCGAGUCCGCCUGCACGGAGGAGAAGGACAAGCAGGAAGAGAAGAAAGAUUGCAAAGAAGGGGACAGCGCGAAAGACGGAGAGAAGAAAAAUGGCAAAUAUGAAAAACCCCCUUUCAGCUACAACGCCCUGAUCAUGAUGGCUAUAAGGCAAAGCCCUGAAAAGCGACUGACGCUCAAUGGCAUUUACGAAUUUAUCAUGAAAAAUUUCCCGUAUUACCGGGAGAACAAGCAGGGGUGGCAGAAUUCCAUCAGACACAACCUGAGCCUUAACAAAUGUUUUGUAAAAGUUCCCCGGCAUUACGAUGACCCAGGCAAAGGGAACUACUGGAUGCUGGACCCUUCUAGCGACGAUGUCUUCAUAGGCGGGACAACCGGCAAACUUCGGAGGAGAUCGACGACCUCGAGAGCUAAACUGGCUUUUAAACGGGGAGCUCGCCUGACCUCCACGGGACUGACAUUCAUGGAUAGGGCUGGCUCCUUGUACUGGCCGAUGUCUCCCUUUCUCUCCCUGCACCACCCCCGGGCGAGCAGCGCUCUGAGCUACAAUGGGACCACCUCGGCUUACCCCAGCCACCCAAUGUCUUACAGUUCAGUGUUGACUCAAAACACCCUGGGAAACAACCACUCUUUUCCUGCGUCCAAUGGCUUAAGCGUAGACAGACUCGUAAAUGGGGAAAUUCCUUACGCCACUCACCACCUAACUGCAGCGGCGCUCGCCGCCUCCGUGCCUUGUGGCCUGUCGGUCCCCUGCUCUGGCACAUACUCCUUAAACCCCUGUUCUGUCAACCUUCUAGCCGGGCAAACCAGUUACUUUUUCCCCCACGUCCCCCACCCUUCAAUGACUUCUCAGAGCAGCACUUCAAUGACGGCCAGAGCGGCCUCUUCCACGUCUCCGCAGGCGCCGUCAUCCCUCCCCUGCGAGUCCUUAAGACCCUCUUUGCCAAGUUUCACUACAGGACUUUCCGGAGGACUUUCUGAUUACUUCACACAUCAAAAUCAGGGGUCUACUUCAAACCCACUUAUACACUAACAAACAUCCAGUGGAUCAGACUGUAAGUGAACAUUUUACACGCAUUUACAUUGUAAAAUAUAUAAAGGAAUCCGACAGCAAAACAACAGAAGCCCAGGUAUUUUUUAUUCAAGUUCCCCAUUUUCUGUGCACAUCUGUCAAGUCUCGGGGGUUGUUUAUUAUUCCACUGUCAGCAACGUGCAAUGUGAGGGAAAAAAAAAACAUAGAUUUUUUUUUUGGGAUGGCAGUAUAAUUACUGUAGAAUGUGUAUUUAAAUAGUGACUGCAGUUUUAAUUAAUUUUAAUAUAAAAGAAGAAGAUUCUACUACCAUCACCGGAGCUCCAUGUCUGCAGUAUUAUCACUUAUCAUGGCUUUCCUGGUGGGCUCUGAUUUUUCAAAAUUAAAUACUAAUUUUUUAUUAUUAUUUUUAAAUAAAGAUGUGGUAUAAAGAGAACGGAAAAAAAAAUAAAUCAGCAGUUAUAAUGCCCUUACCCCACCCCAGGCUCUUUGUUAUUUUGUCCUUUUCUUAAAAUAAAUUAAAUACACGAAGCGUUUUUAUAUAUUUUUUUUUAUUUUAACCUCUUACUGUUAUUUUAUAGACCAAAGAAUGGGUUUAGAGAUACUGAAGUAUUUUUUUCCAGUAUUCUGCACCAUCUGACAGGAAAAAAAAAAGUUUCAGAAGGGGACAAAAUCAAUGAUUGCCUUUAGAUUGUGUUGUGCAUAUUUCAAUGUAUGUGGUCACUAACAGGUCACAUUCUUUUUGUAAUUAGUGAAAUGUUAAUACCUAUUGUAAUUAUAGGUAAACUGCGAACGUGUAACCGUUUUGAGUAAAUGCUUCAUAAAAUUCUUGAGUGAUUGUUAAUGUCGUCUUUAAAUUUCAUGAUUGUGAUAUUGUGGUCAUAUGCCCGUGUUUGUCGCUUAAAAUGUUUACCGAAAAAUAAAACAAUAGGUUACGUGCA